CUAAACGCAGAGAGAACAAAUGGCUCCUUUAAGAAAGUCAGCUGGUGCAAAUAAAAAGUUCGAAGGAGGAAGUAGGAAGUCGUUUACGAACAAACCAAGCACAAAGAAGAGAAAUUGACAAUUUCAGACAUAAGACAAUGGCGGGUAUUAAAGCGCUGGUUGGCUUGUCCUUCAGUGGAGCUAUUGGCUUGACUUUCCUGCUGUUAGGCUGUGCACUGGAGCAGUAUGGGGUGUACUGGCCUCUCUUCGUCCUCAUCUUCUACAUACUGUCUCCUAUCCCCACCUUCAUAUCCAGAAGGCUCAGUGAUGACAGUGAUGCAGCCAGCAAUGCAUGCAGAGAGCUGGCAUGCUUCUUCACUACGGGCAUUGUGGUGUCUGCGUUCGGGCUUCCCAUCAUACUGGCCCGGGUUGCAUUAAUCCAGUGGGGGCCUGUGGCCUGGUGAUGGCUGGCAACGCUGUCAUCUUCCUGACCAUCCUGGGCUUCUUCCUGGUGUUCGGCGGGGGAGACGACUUCAGCUGGGAGCAGUGGUAGACCGUCUGGAUCUCUGGUAUCAUCCCAAAUGGACCCCUAGACCCUACGCCCUAUGGAUUUGACCGGUGCAAACAAUAUGGUAGUAGCUUCACCUUGCCCUCUGAUAGGCAAGGUGGAAGUUUCACCAUAUUGUUUAAACAAAUCAAAUCUACUCUGAUCUCUAAAGGUGCAUAGGGUGUAGGGUCUAGGGAUCGAUUGGGACACAGAGACAGAGGGAGUCAGUCAUUCCUGUUAUUAACAACAAGGUUACAGUGGUGGACGACAGAUGAUAAACCAAAAAGCUACUACGGCCUAACGUCGCUACUAACUGACGUUUUAAGAAGCUGAUGCUGACUAUUUAAUGUCCUAUGAGAAAGGGGGUGGCACUCCUGGUUAGUGAGGAGGGGUGGCACUAAACAGGGUGUCUGGGAUGUUAAUGGACACUGCGAUGUCUGUCCUUUUUUUCCUCCUCAGAUACCUGAUCAGUUUUUCUUAUAGUGUUCGCUCCAAUAUUCUCUUCAACCUUUUUUUGCCUUACCUGUCCCCUAUGCUGAGGGAGAGUCAUUGAAAACCAGUGUCCCGUCCAGCCCCCUCCCCCUCCCUAGGAACUUGUUGAUCUCAGUGAGAAGACUGGAUAGGUGUAAGCAUGUGGUGAAUUAUCACCAAGGGGAAAUGUUCUUUUAACAUCUACACAAGUGUCUAGGGCUAGAGUGGUUGUUUCUGGAAAAGGCCCACCUCACUACAUUCAUAUCUAUAAAGCCAGAUGCUAGUUUAAGGAUAAUAAUAACUUGUACGUGUGUUAUGAGGGAUACUGUUGAAUGAUUUGUUGUAAUCACCACUACGCCGUCUGUUUCCACUUCAUUUAGGGAGUAUUCUGUUUGUGGAAAUCUUAUUUAAGCGUAAGCAUUUCAAAUGAUCUACUCAUUCUUACAGCUGAUUGCGUGUCUACCUUUUUUGUUUGUUUGUAUGUAUCUAUUUCAUAUGAUCACUUUGGGUAUGACUUCAUAACCAGGUCAAGGUUUCUGUCUGUAGUUUGUUGUUUUCAACAUGUUGCCCUUCUGCAAAUGUUUCCACCAAUACCAAAGGCCAUUUUAAGAAAAUAAGGUGAAAAUAAGACAUGAUUCAUUCUCCCCACUAAGGUUUCUGAUGUGUCUACGAUUAUGAAACACACAGUUCAUAUUCAUUAUGAAAACAUUGUUAUGCCAUUUUAUAAGCUGGUUGUCUUCACUGACGACAGAGGCUAACAUAAGGGUUUGUGAAUCAUUGUCUACAUUAGUACAGGAAUGUUGAUUUCACACAUGGAAUGUAAACACUAUAUAUUUUGUGUUUUGUAGUCCAGGUCUGUUGGUGUUCAAAUGAAGUGCCUACAUUUCUAUUCACCAAAAAACUAAUUGACAAGUGCCUGUUAAAUCAAUAUUUAUUUUUUACUUAUUCAAAAACAUUUUUAUAAAAGUCACUUUUUAUAUUCGGUACUGGUAAAGCCUGAGAAUAUAUAUAGUGCAUUAGUGACCAGAUGUAACCAAACGACUUUAUACUUAGCUUUAGCAACAUGCAAUCACUAAGUAUAAAGUAGGCCUACUUCCAAUCAAUGUCUUAUUUUCACUGAAGGGUCUAUUGAAGGGUGUUUCAGAGAGAGUGGCCAUAUGCAACAACAACACAUGACUUUCCAUUUCACUCGUGUGUAUAAUUGAUACACUUGUGCAUGUGUAAUAGGACAAAUAUAAUCACCCACCAAAGAAAAACAUAUUUAACAUUUCUACAUGAUCUUAUCUCAUGAAUAUAAACAUUGUUUUAAGAGCGAUUGUUCAUUAUGACGCCUUCGUUGUUGCACAUGUACUGUAGGCGUCAACUCGAAACUUAACAUCACUUUCAAAACACUAGAGAGCACUAGAGACCUGUAUUUAAACUCCUGA